UGGAUGUUAAAGCUGGAAAUGCGACAGUUCGUUGUCGAACUUACCAGUAUUCAAACCCAGCUCGUCAACCAGGAUCACCUUCUCCACAUUAUAAACAGGUUAUUGUGUCUGGUGCCGUAGAGCAUCACUUACCACUGGAUUAUAUAAUGAAGUUAAAAGCGGUCAAGCAUAACGGUUACAAAGGUGCGGUACUGGUCGAUUUGGCUGCCAUAAAAAAUCUAAACUCCUGCAACACCGAUGAUU